AUGUUGCACCCAACUCGGUAUACCAUGUCGUUGUACUUGCCGCCUCAUAUGCAGCCUCCAAUGUGCCUACAAUAUAUCGUCAUGGCCUCCGGCGCAGAAGUAACCAAGACUCACAGGCAGCUCGCCAUGCCGUUCUACCAUCGCGCAAAGGCAUAUGUAGAAGCCGAUGAAAUGAGAGGUGAUGGGCAGUUCUUUGCUACUGUAGCACAUGCUCAGUGCUGGACACUGAUCGCCAACUUUGAAGCCCAGCAACUCUACUUUGCGCAGGCUUCAAUGAGUCUUUGCCGAGCCAUUAGGAUCGGUCAGAUGCUUGGCCUUCACCGGGUUGACGGGGAAGGCGUCGAUGCGAUGUCUUUGCUUCCGCCUCCACAGGACUGGUCCGAGGCAGAGGAGAGACGGAGGACGUGGUGGGUAAUUUACUGCUCGGAUCGGUUGGUUAGCGGUAGCACGGGCUGGCCGGUAAUGAUCAACCAGCAAGAUAUUACUACACAUCUCCCUGCGUCAGAAACGGCAUUUGAAACAGGCGUCGAGGAGCAGACGAGCCCUCUGACGAGCAUUCUCCUACAAGAAGGUCGCGACUUCUCCGCCUUUGCAGGACGGGUCCUGGCCGCGGCAUCCUUCUUCCAAGCCUUUCAGCACUCGACACGGACACUACCAGACGAUGACCUCACCGACCCACGAACAAGUCGGAACUGGAAACGCCAUCGUGAGAUUGACAACGACCUAGUAGGUCUCCUUGCCGCCCUCCCGGACGACCUGACGCUCCCCCGGAAUAUCCAAAGCCGCAACGCCACCUUUGUCAACGCCAUCAUCCACACGUCGGUCAUUUUGCUACAUAGAGCAGCUCUCGCCAGGAUAGAGUCGUCCGGACUGCCGGAGCACAUGGCGAAACAGAGCCAGGCACGGUUGAUUUGUGCCGCCGAAGAGAUUCUGAACAUCAUCCGAAUGAUGCCCGAUAUCACGCAGACGCUCAAGAAUCCCAUGAUGACCUUCUCCAUAUACACAGCCUCUCUCGUGUUCCUCGAAAACUGGGAUACGUCCGCUCAAGACUAUCGACGGCAGGAUAAUCUUGAUUUGAUCCUUCGCAUCAUCAUACUAGCUGCCAAAGCGUGGAAUAAUCCCGUCACGAGGUCUACAGCAGUUCAGCUCGCGGUGGAUAUGCGACAGCGAGGUCUCGAAUCCGAGGCAGUUGACAAGGCAACUGAAUUGUCACCAGGCCUUGAUAUGGAACCUAUCAUGGCAAAGGGGCUGUCUUCAUCCUCCAACUUUGUGUACCAGGUCAAGACCGCGGACGAUGCAGCACACGAACAUACCUGA